AUGACUUGGUUUUUGCAGGGUCAGCUGAUAUACAGCAAUUUUGAUCGCAUUGGUACCUAUGUGGAUAAUGAUGAUGAUCCGUUGGAGUUUGUACUAGCAAACACAGCUACUCAUCUGGAUGAAGAAAGUCAUUCGACGUUGUCCCACUUGUUCAAUGAUGCAACCACAGGCACGCGCCAUCCGCAAUUAGACAUGAUUUUGAAUGGAAAUGAUACGGAUGAAGCGGACUCCUCGAAUACCAGCUAUCCGUUGACAUUGCAACGGAUUUCACUGGAAUCAUGUCCCAUGACGCCACCACGUCUAGUAGGACCAAUACGAGUAUGGAUGGACGCACCGACGUUCUCGGCACUUGAGAAGCUGUAUCCGCAUCUGGAAAAUGGUGGCCAUGGACAACCAAAGGAUUGCAGAGCUAGACAUAGGGUAGCGAUUGUCGUACCGUACCGUGAUCGUGAAUCUCAUCUACGAAUUAUGCUCCAUAAUCUGCAUUCAUUCCUGGCAAAACAACAACUCGACUAUGCGAUCAUUGUUGUCGAGCAAAUUCCCAACCAAACAUUCAAUCGGGCAAAGUUGAUGAAUGUGGGAUUUGUCGAGGGAAUGAAGCUAUAUCCAUGGCAGUGUUUCAUAUUUCACGAUGUGGAUCUUCUCCCUGAAGACGACCGAAACUUGUAUUCAUGUCCGACAAUUCCUCGACAUAUGAGCGUAGCUGUAGACAAAUUCAAUUAUCAGCUCCCAUAUAGAUCGAUAUUUGGAGGUAUAAGUGCAAUGACUGUUGAGCAACUGCAUUCCAUAAAUGGGUUUUCAAAUCGAUAUUGGGGUUGGGGUGGAGAAGACGAUGACCUUGCUGACAGAGUGUCUACGAUUGGCUAUAAAAUAGCGCGAUAUCCUGCGGAGAUCGCGCGCUACAAAAUGAUCAAACACGCUCACGAAGAAAAAAGUAAUCCUGUUAACAGUUGUCGGUACAAGCUGAUGGCUCAUACGAAGAAAGACUGGAAAAGUGACGGUCUCAACUCGCUAAACUAUAAGAUACUGAAAGUUGAACUGUUACCGCUGUACACACAUAUUUUGGUGGACUUGUUGGAAAACGAUGAACGUUCAGCGAUUCGAAGAGCUUUUAAAUGUUAG